AUGCCGCCAGCGCAGCCGGCCAAGUCGGGCGCCGUCGGCGGCGGGCGCCGGCAGAUGUCGGACGCGUCGGAGAUGUCCGAGGACACCACCUCCUCGGCCAGCAGUGGCAGCCGGGCCCUCAGCAACUGGGCGGCCGGGGCGGUCAGCGGCCAGGACCCACCUGGGGAGGGAGGGGGGGGGGCCAGCAGCUCGCUCCAGACGGUCGCCGCCGCGGCCAGGACCAAAAACAGGUUGGCUUGCGCGCAGCAGUUCGUGGACAGGUGGGUCUCGCUGGACAAUCCGGCCACGAAGGUCGCAGCCGUGAAGGCCGCCAACGCCGUCACGGGCGGCGGCAGCGGCGCGGGCCACGCGGCCCACGGGCAGGCGGGCCCGUCCGCCGCGAGGCCCGCCCACCCCGAGGCGAAGCCGGACCCAGCGCUCGGCCAGGCCCCCGAGUGCACCAAGCUCUCGCUCUGA